CUGGGCUGCCUCCUCUGAGGGUUAUGGAGCAAGCCGGCAGGUCAACAAACUUGCUUGCCUGACUUUGAGCCUACUGGUCCUUUCUCUCCGCCGACCUUACAAUAGCUGUACCACUUUGCAUUUCCACCAGCAAUGAAUGAGAGUUCCUGUUGCUCUGCAUCCUCAUCAGCAUUUGGUGUGGUCAGUAUUUUGGAUUUUCACCAUUCUAAUAGAGAUUCACGGAUCCAUCCGGGUGGUCCGGGCACCACUGGCGCCCCUCUGCGGCGAUUCCCCCGUUCCAUUUUCUGAAGCCACAGGUCAGAAGCCGCUGUAGAACGCUUUGCCAAACUCCAGAAGGGAACGUAAGCUGCAGCUACCUGCCGCGCAGGCGCAAGCCUUUCUUUCCGCACAAAGACCGUGGGAGGAGGGGUCGGCGCAAGCGCUCGGUGUCUCUCUGAAAAGAACUUCAUCAUCCUGCCGCCCGGUUACGGAGCGCAGCGCAACGCAUGCGCCUUGAAGACUUACGGAACUUAUUUCAUGCUCGGGGCGGCGGUGACGUGUGAACGAGAAGGAGGUGGUCAAGGAACGGAAGCCGGGAGGGAACUAGGGCGGAAGGGGACCAGGGCCGGGCUUGUGUUCGGUGCCUUGCCGGGGCUGGGGGGUUCCGAUGUGGUCCCCGGAGCGGGAGGCCGAGGCUCCGGCCGGGGGAGACCCGGCGGGCCUACUGCCCCCCGAGUGGGAGGAGGACGAGGAGCGCAUGUCCUUCCUGUUCUCCGCUUUCAAGAGGAGUCGCGAGGUGAACAGCACCGACUGGGACAGCAAGAUGGGCUUCUGGGCGCCGUUGGUGCUGAGCCACAGCCGCCGCCAGGGGGUGGUGCGCCUGCGUCUGCGGGACUUGCAGGAGGCCUUUCAACGCAAGGGGAGCGUCCCGCUGGGGCUGGCCACGGUGCUGCAGGACCUGCUGCGUCGAGGGGAGCUGCAGCGGGAGUCAGACUUCAUGGCCAGUGUAGACAGCAGCUGGAUCUCCUGGGGGGUCGGGGUCUUCCUGCUGAAGCCUCUCAAGUGGACUCUUUCUAACAUGCUGGGAGAUAAUAAGGUUCCAGCCGAGGAGGUCCUUGUCGCUGUGGAGCUGUUGAAGGAAAAGGCUGAGGAGGUGUAUCGUCUGUAUCAGAACUCGCCCCUCUCCUCCCACCCCGUGGUGGCCCUGUCAGAGCUCAGCACCCUCUGCGCUAACUCCUGCCCAGAUGAGAGGACCUUCUACUUGGUGUUGCUGCAGCUGCAGAAGGAGAAGAGGGUCACAGUCCUCGAGCAGAACGGGGAGAAGAUUGUGAAGUUUGCCCGAGGGCCACAUGCCAAGGUCUCUCCAGUCAAUGACGUAGACGUUGGGGUGUACCAGCUGAUGCAGAGUGAACAGCUUCUCUCGCGCAAAGUGGAGUCCUUAUCCCAGGAAGCAGAGAGGUGUAAAGAAGAAGCCCGCCGGGCAUGCCGAGCAGGAAAGAAGCAGCUGGCACUGAGGUCUCUCAAGGCCAAGCAACGGACAGAGAAGCGCAUCGAGGCCUUGCAUGCCAAGCUGGACACUGUUCAAGGCAUCCUGGACCGGAUCUAUGCCUCCCAGACAGAUCAAAUGGUUUUUAAUGCCUACCAGGCUGGGGUGGGAGCACUCAAACUCUCCAUGAAGGAUGUCACAGUGGAGAAGGCAGAGAGCCUUGUGGAUCAGAUCCAAGAGCUCUGUGACACCCAGGAUGAAGUUUCUCAGACUCUGGCUGGUGGGGUAACCAAUGGCUUAGAUUUUGACAGUGAAGAACUGGAGAAGGAAUUGGACAUCCUCCUUCAGGAUACCACCAAAGAACCUUUGGAUCUGCCUGACAACCCCCGCAAUAGGCAUUUUACCAACAGUGUGCCUAACCCUAGGAUCUCAGAUGCUGAACUUGAAGCUGAACUUGAGAAACUGUCCUUAUCAGAGGGAGGUUUGGUCCCAAGCAGUAAAUCUCCGAAAAGGCAAUUGGAACCGACUCUAAAGCCAUUGUAGGACCCUCAAGUGAAGGACCCUCAUGUAAAAGAGAGACCAGGCUUGCUGGGUGUGUACAUAGUUAUUUAAACAAGAAACUCUCAGAAUGUGUUUGGAAGAGGAGGAGGGAGAACUACUGAUUUAUCUGGAUGCUACUACUUACUACAGGACAGAUAGAAUUUCUGGAAGCGAUGCUCCAAAGGCUUGCUCCCAGCUGUAUUAUGGACCUGCCUUCUCAUCUUUAUAGUGCCACAAUUUAUACAGUCCUGUGUCUGACCUGUCAUUUCAUAGCCUGCAGUUCUUGCCAUUGGCACACUUAGUUUGUCUUCACCCACCAGCUUCGUUCCAGCCUAUGAAGGGGAAAGAUUUGCAGUUUUGCCAAAUCUGAAUCAGUUCCCACUUCCCCCUGUGGUUUUUUAGAGGGGUUUAUCCUCUCGCUAAUGUCAGUUAAAUAACUUACUCUGCCCCACUUGAUUUCACUGGUAAGAGAAGAAUGAGAAUGAAACACUUCAAGGUUUUAUUUGAGGGGACUUAGCUGCCAUUUUAUGGAGAAACAUGUAGUGUAAAAGGUUUUUCUCUAGGGUCAUUUGUCAGAAUUCUCCAGGUGUUCAGAGAAAGAGGUCGCCCCAAGUGGCCCAGAGUCGUGACAGUCCGAAGGGGCUGGUGUGGCCGGUGGGCACUGCCUCUUCAUCCGAUGCAGCAGGAGGUCCGCUGGUGGGGGAAAGCUUCUUCCGAGGCCUCUGCACUCGCCUGGGAAGAGGCCCAGUCACUACAGGACCCCGAGAUGUCCAGACCCCUUAUACUUUUCUAAAGAGGUGAAACUGUGGCCUUGGCCCCAUCAUGGGAUAACUUAAAAAUACAUACCUAUCUUCCAGAACAAGCCACACAACAACACACCUCCCCUCCUUGAGCCUGGCGCACAGCACCGGGCUCUGUGAAUUUGGAAGGCGUUUCACUUUGUGGCCUACUGCUCGGGGCAGGGGAGCUGAGCCAGGAUGUGCAAUAGAAGCAGGGGCUGUGCCUUCUGCCAGAUCUGCCGGGAGCUACCUGGGCCACCCGUGCACCUGUCCUGCUUCCUGCAGUCCCCGCUCCCUGCCUCCUCUGAGGGACGGGGCAGGGCGGGGUAGGGGGAUAGACAGGAAGGGGUCUGAAUGCUCUGGCAACGGUGAGAAGAAACGAUAGCCACAAUGCCACUCCGCUGCCCAGCCGCCAGGAUCUCUGCCUGGAGCCCUUUGCCCUGUCCCUGCUGCCUGAGGUGGCGUAGAGCAGAGGAGGAGAAUUUGCUCCAGGCCAGGAGCACAAAUCAUUGUUCAAUGAAUUUCUCUCCAACUCGACCUUGGUAAACGGAAAUGUUGGGGGUGAAGAGAAACAAUCACUAUUUUUUUUCUUUUUUAUCUGGUAAAUAAUUAAAAGAAACACCGGAACACUUGUCCCGUCUCUUCUUUAGGUUGUAUCAAUGUCUUGUUCCUUCGUGCCUCCCCACGCUUCCAGCUUCUGCACACUUUGGUUCUUUCUCUGAAGUCCAGAGGAGAAUGUGGAGCGCCUGAUCAUGUGAGCUUUGAGCUGCAGCAGCUGCUGCUCCAUCCAAGUGGCCGCGCACAGUGAGCUCUCCUGGGGAGAACUCACUCUUUGAAUGGCCUCCCUGGUUUUAGCAGUGUGCUCUUGCUACAGUUUUCCGUUGCCUGGGCUCUAUGAGUGGCCUAAUUUCUUCUGCUCAUGUGAUUGUAUCAUAUUUUAGUCUGGCACUGGUAUUUCUCAGCCCCUCCUCCAGGGAUGGUGUUUGCCACGCCCUGUGAGGGAGAUGGGCUUUGAGGCUGAGGGCAGCAUUAGGAACAGGCGAAACAAUUGGCUGCAGCACUCGGUCUGCAGCUCCAGGUAAGUCAGAGGUGAACUGGCCAGGAAAAGGUGGUGAGAGCAGCGGCUCAGAAAGCCCUGGGAGAAUCUAAAGGACCUGGUGAGAAGGGCGAGAGGGACUGGAGUUCACAGGCCCAGCCAAAGAGAGGGCAGAACCGCUGUUCCAUUCCUUCUGCUGGAAGGAAGUGGCCUGGACCUGGUGAGCCUUGUUAGUCUGGUUUAAGGUUGCUUUUUCUUUCGCUAUCCUGAGCCACUGAAGAAUCCUGUUAAAUGAUCCAGUCUUAUUCUUUGCUGUGCUACAGGAAAUUAAAAGGAGCUAUUGAGUCUGCUGGGAGCAGAGAACAAGAAGGGGUCAUCUACAGGACCCUGGUGGCGGCGGCUGCAGCUGCCAGCAUGGGAUUCCCACAGCUGGGCAAUCAGGGCUGAGUGGCCUCAGGAGUCAGCACCGCGGAGGGAUUCACUCCUCUUGAGAGUUUUCUCUCUCUUUUUUUUCUUUUUUUUUGAGACAGGAUCUUGCUCUGUCACCCAGGCUGGAGUGCAGUGUGAGAUCGUGGCUCACUGUAGCCUCGACCUAGGAUCAAGCAAUCCUCCCACCUCAGCCUCCCGAGGAGCUGGGCCUACAGGAGUCAGAGCCUGACAAAGUGAAGAGAUGAUGCCGUGCCUGGGAGGGUGGCUGGAGAGUCCCCCAUCACUGCUAGUAUGGGAACGGUGAUGGUUUGCAGAGAGGAGGUGUGGAUAGAAGGGUAAGUGGGUAUUUGGAGGUGAGGGGAAGGGUGCUACCUGGGAAUCUCUUGGGCCUGCCUCAAAAGGUUGUGUAACUAGAGUCCUGGGACCGGGGUGGGCUCUGCAGUCAGACGUUGUGAAAGAGACGAAAGGGUUACACUGCAGUUCUCACUGCCUGCCUGAAGUGACAGCCCAGGGCUGAGCAGACCUCCGGGAGGUGGUCAUGAGGAUCUGGCUCAAUCUGCCGAAAAUAUAAUCUAGGCCAUCAGAAAAGAGGAGGGAAGAGCUGGAGCUGUGAAGAAAGAUGAGAUCAUUGAGAGCACUGACUCCCAAAGAAUCAAAACGAAGCCCUGCUCUGAGGCUUGUGGGUGAGCCUGGUGACCCUCCUUUCUUCUGAAGUGUCUUCAUGUCUUCUCAUUUUUACGUAGUUGUGGCUACUCUUUGGGGAAAGUGUGGCUUCUUUUCUCUUUCUGCACAGAAGCAAUACAAGGUUAUAGACCCUGGAAUAUGGCCAGAAGGAGCCACAAGAAGGGUAGGGGAAAUGUCUGUUUUACAGAAGAGGACCCUGAAUCUUAGACAGCUUGCUGAAGCCACAGAGCUCACAGGGGAAUUUAGUUUAUUGACUUCCAGCUUGGAAUUCUUUGUUACACAAGUGUUGAUCAGAAAAUAAUGCCCCAAAUGUGGCAUUUGACGAGCUGAACUAAAGCAGCAGCCUCAAGCUCUCUCUCUUGACUUUCCCCCACCAUGGUGUCUUUCUGACCCUUUUCUUUCUUUCUUUUUUUUCUUUUUUUUUCUUUUUUUCUUUUUUUUGACACUCUUCUAAAGCACCAGGAGCAUGCUCUCUCUCUGACCCUUUUUCUUUCCUUUUUUUUGGACCCUUUCUUUUUCUAAAGCACCAGGAGGAGCUCUUUCUCUGGAAGUUCCGUUACCUGAUUGAGAAAACUUCUUCUAAAAUAAAUGCAGUUGUCUUAAAGCCCCCUCCCUAUGAAUCUCAUUAAAUAACCAGGAAUGAUUAAUCACCCAAGAAAAGACUAAAAAAGAAGCUACAGCCAGGAUACCAUACCAGACAGACUUUUCAUCUUUUCUUCUGAGGGCAGUUUCAAGAGAGAACCUGGGAGACUGUAUCCGCAUAGUAAGACAACCUUGGUUCACAGUGCAGUACUACCCCUCACCUUUCAUGACUUGUCCACAAGCUAUUGUUUGUCCUUCAGUCCCAUUCAGCGUCCAAAGAGAACCAUUUACAAACCACUGUCAGGUCUUUGGGUCCAUUCAUUUAAAGCCCCCCUACUUCCCUUUCCCCAGUGAAGAGAGUACUUAAGUGCCAACCAUUGGGCCUUUCUGUGUAUGUUCAUAUUUUUUAUAUGGCUCCCCUGCUUCAUGCAUGUUAAUAAAUGUGUUAUGUUUUUCUCCUGUUAA